AUGUGGUAUAAUUUCAUAAGGUUCGGUGACAUUGCCGCGAAGCUGAACAGUCUCGCCAUAUUAUCCAUUGGUCUGUCACUUCUCGCGUUUGUCGUGCUCUCCGCUAUCAACCUCCUGAGCUCAAGCGUUUAUCCAACGUUCUACGGGAAGGCGGACCGUCAGCUGAUCUUCUUGAUUGCUCAUAUAACGUACACUCUGGGAAUUCUCUUGUCACCAAUAAUCCUGGCUUACUUUGGAUACAAACUGACCCUCAUACUUGGAGCCAGUGGAGUCAGCGCAACGUUGGGCGCUCUAGUGUGGCCGUUUGUGGUCACCGUUUACGCAGCAUCAGUGACCGUGGGAUUCAGUAUAGCUUUCAUAAUAACCGGAGGCUACUCACUCAUCUGCUCGAUAACCAAGCCAACGAGCAGGUCCAGGAAUUCGGCUUUGAUCUUCACGACCAUCGAAGUGAGCCAGUUUCUCAGCAACUGUCUCAUGUACUUCACCAUUGAGUUCUCGAAAACCCGUAGCUUCACCUAUAUUACAACAGGAACUCUUCUUCUAGUCGCCGUCAUCGGGAGUGUCUUCAUCCUCUUAACGAAAUCCCCGGAACACAAAGAUUCAGAAAUUAUCUCCGGACGUCAGAGGAUCUACGACGAAUGGGUCCAAUUUAUUGGGAUAACCACGAAAACGGAAGUACUCUUGUUCCUUCCAAUGUUCUUCUACACUGGAGCAUUGAUCGCUCUGCUUCAAGGUAACUACGGUACUUGGCCAACUUUCACUCUCGAAGUGAUGAAUUACGGCAUCGAUUUUGGGACGAUUUGCUCCCUCACGAUAACUACGAGUGAAUGCGUUUGUGGGGUAGUUUUAAUUUUAGCCGGAAUUGAAAUUGAGCCUUUAGGAAGGGCAUUCACUGCAACGUUGGGCUUCAUAUUCCAAGGCGUUGCCUCCUUUUUCCUAAUUGGACUGGUUCCAAAAGACGGCACUUUCUCUUCGGCACUUAUGUCGGAGGAAUUGGCAAAUUCAACGAUUAUCUUAAUUAUCCUAAUGGCCGUUCUUCUAGGAUUCGGUGUGGCAUUGAUAAUGACGCAAGUAUAUGCCAAACUUAUGGAACAAUAUCCUUGUGCACCGGCAGCUGCCAUCACGAUAUUCAAGACUGUUCAGGCCAUUGGGGUUUUCACGGCGCUCUAUUACUCAACGCUGAUCACGUUACCUUAUCAAUCAACAGUUUGUUUGCUACUCGGUUUGGUUGCCAUCUUUUGUUUCGUUUUCAUGGAACGAGCCAUUAACGAUUAUUGCGAAGAAUCAAUGAAUUACCAGACAAGAGCUUCAGAGUCAACAGCUAUUUAA